CAUAUAUGCAUCAAAAUCGAGCAGAUCCAAUGGUUUUUGAAGUGUAUAUAACCUCUUAGUUUGUUGCUGAAAAAGAACAACUAUCCGACUUCUUUGAAAAAUGGCAAAGGUUCAUCCCCAAGCACCACUUUCUUCUUCAUCCCCUGGCUACUUCACUUCAAAACAAGAAACAUUCACUAUAUGGAUGAAGUCUCUCAUAUUGAAUGGCCAUGGUUGCACUGUUUUUGAUUCUAACGGUCAGAUCGUGUAUCGUGUAGAUAAUUACGACUCUAGAGGUAGAGCUAAAGUUCAUCUUAUGGAUUUGAAAGGCCAAAUUCUAUUCACCAUACUAAGAAAGAAAUCCAAAUUUCUUGGUGUCUGGGAGGGAUACAGAUCCAGUAAUGGUAAAGAGAUCAACCUGAAAAAUACACCCAGGUUUCAAGUUAGGAGAAGCUUUAAAGGCAAGUCAGCAUGUAAAGUCAUCGUGGGACUAGACAAGAAUCAAAUACAGCAAUACAGAAUAGAGAGCUGGAGUAAAGGAAAGUCAGCCUGCAAGAUACUAGACAAGUUUGGAAGACUUGUUGCAGAGGUAAAGAGAAAGCAGUCAACAUGUGGAGUGGUACUAGGAGAAGAUGUUUUGACACUGGUGGUAGAGCCCUUCAUGGAUCACUCUCUUAUAGUAGGGCUUCUUGUUGUGUAUGGUCUCAUCAACCGUAAAUUGUGAUUGUGUGAAAACAAAUCAGCAACAAGAAUUAUAAAGUUAUAUUGACUUAACUAGUUUUUUGAGUCUUUAAUUAGGGUGGUAUUUCCACACUUCUAAUACACGAUAAGGAAUCGUAAGUUUUUCUCUCUCUAGAGAAAACCCUAAAGGCCACCACUGUGUAUUCUAGUGCCUGUCUGGCUGCGCCUCGGCGCCGGCGAUGGCCUCUGGCCUAGCCGGGGGCUGUUAGGUGAGGCCGGACGGGAGUUUUUCUCCAGGGUUGUGUCUCGGUUUUGAAGGAUUGGAUCGGAAGUUGUCUGGUUUCGUCCCUAUUGGCCUAAGGAACGGGCUGCGUUGUGGAAGUGGGAAGGAAUCGGAGAAGGAAAGGGGGUUUGCUGGGGUCGGAGCGGCGUCUGUUGGUGGACGUUCGUUGGCCUGCCGACGUCGAUGGUCGGAUCGACGGUCGAUUGAGGGCUGGUUUGGACGAUAGAUCCGGAUCCUGUUGCAGACUUUCCAGAUGCCGGUGUUUGUUGGGCGGACUAGGACGCUCGACGGCGUUCGCCGAUGGUGGGACGACUACGGAGGCGCGACGGUGGCCCCACUUCGGUGGUGGGGUGGCGGUCUGUAUGGUGGGGCGACACAGUUGGUGACUUGGGCCGGGCGGGUUGGAUGCAUGGCCGGUUUGGUCCUUUGGGCUUGGAUGCAGCUGGUAGGCCCGAUAUGGGCUGGAGAUGGGGUUUGGGCUCACUUUGUGGACCCAACCCAAGUUGUUAUAUUGUUAUAUUUUAGUUACUCUCAUGCUUCCUUGCUUUGGGAAUCCUAGGUUUGUAUUACUCUCUAAUUUUGUUAGAGAACUACGCACUUUCGUGCCUCUAGCAAAUCCUCUUGAGUAGUUACGACGGAGGAUUCUCGAGAUAAGGACGUGGGAAGAUUUUGGUUCCUGGGUCUUCUUGCCUAGUACUUGACUUUGAGUCUUUUACUACUUGCUUCUUAGUUCUCUCUAGUUGUACACCAAUUGAGGUCUCUAGGCGACUAGGUUUACUUUUUAACAGAGAGGUUUUGUAGUGAGGAUUUGAUCUCCUGUAUAUAGGCUCAAUAAGUGAGCGCAUUUGUUAACAGUGAGGGUCACCUGUCCUUUGCCUGGUAGCUUAUACCAUGUAUGAUUGUGGUGUAAGACAACAUUCGAUGUACGUGCCUUCUGGCCUUGGAUAUUUGAAUGAUAUUAUCUCAUUUUCUCAAAAAA